UGGUCCAUAAAGUACUAUUUAGUUAGGUUUAACCACUUAACGACUUGCCACCAGUGCCUCAUCCACUCAUUCUACCAACCCCACUAAGUGACUUGCAUGACCUUUUAGAUCUAAGCCCUAGAAGUUUGCUUUAUCUGCUCUCCCACCUUGUUUUCACAUAAAAGUAAGAUAAAAGAGCAAUACAGUAAUAAAUGAUGUGUGGGAGCCUGGACCUGAAUUCAUUGCCUCCUCUGUGCUCACCACAUCCUUCUGUCAGUAAUACUGAUACAGUGAUGACGUCAACCACCGCCUAUUGCUGUGUAUUCCAAUACAGCACGGCUCCUGGUGCGCACACCGGGCGUUUUUCUCGCUCAGUGCUGAUGAGAGCCACCUGCUCUCCAUCUCCCACAUGCAGUGUCUGCGGUCCCAGUAACCGUUUAGCCAGGCCAGUCCGGCUGGGGGAGAGCUGAAGGGCUGACAUGGACAGCUGAAAGGACGGGGCAAGGACAUCCAAUCAGAACCAAAAUGAGGAACAAACUAUGGCUCCAGAGUAUUUCCUUCUUCCUUUUAUUCCAGUACACAUGGAAGCUGGUAUUGUGUUUUCUCUCUCCAAACCUGCAGCCGCAUGUCGUGAAAACCUCACUUGUUUUGUGGACUAUGUGCAGACCCUGUCCUGCCUCCUGAGGAAUGACCUGGGUGCCAGUUCAUACAAUAUCACUGCUACAUGGGUUGAUGAGGACGAUCCAGAAAACACUGUGGCAGCCUGCAGUCUCCUGGAAUUGUCCAGGAGCACCAACCACACAGAAUACAUUUGUACUGUGGACAUGACUGAGCUGCUGGCAGACAUCAAAGUCCAGGUGGAUGUCACAGAGAUAGCUGACAGGCAGCAUGUGAUUUCCAGAAGUUUUUAUAUGAGAGAAAACAUCAGACCACAGCCUCCAUUCAAUCUGACUGCUGUGUUCACAGAAGGUUACAAUAUUUCUUGGGAAACCAUCUACCAGAACCCUCUUUUCUACUUUCUGAAUGAGGAGCUGGAAUAUCAGCUGCGUUAUAAGAGAGGGGCUGACACCUGGGAGACUCAGAAGAUUAAGUCUGUCCACGAAGACAAACGGACACUGGUGAUCCUACCAUGGGAACUCCAGGGGAACACUGAGUAUGAAUUCCAAGUGAGAGCCAGACCCCGAGAAGACACUGGCUACUAUGGAUUUUGGAGUGAGUGGAGCUCCCGGCUGACACUGAAAACCAGCCCUGCUGCCGUGACACAGAGAGCAGGCAUGGAGUGGAUGCUGUUCUUUAUUGUUGCCAUGGUGAUCACUGCCUCAAUCACAACCUUUCUGGCCAAGCAACAGAGCUUGUGGAAGAAGAUCGCUUGCAUCCCAGAUCCAUCUGCCUUUUUCAAACCACUUUACCUGAUGUAUAAUGGAGAUUUCAAGAAGUGGGUUGGUACAUCCCAUAUGAAAAUGACCAUUGAUUUAUUUGAAUGGGAAAUAGUCCCUUCAGAAGUCCUAGAAGUUUUCAGCAUGCGUCCUUCCAACUGCACCUCACAGGAGGAGAUAAAGGAGUUGAAAAAUGAUCUGCCUUGCAAGCCUUGUGUGUCCUGCCUGACCGCCCCAGUCCAAGACAGCCUCCUGUCAGGUGUGAACAGCAGCAGUGUGACUCAGGACCGCUCAUAUGGACAUUUGUCCAUUGACACUGUGACAGUGGCUGAUGAAUUUACACCUUGUAACUGCCAGUGCAACUGUAACCGCAUGUACAGGGAACAAAAGCAUAAUAGUGAUGAAGAUAGUGCUGGAGAAAAUGGUUACCCCAAGGUUAACAUUGAUGAUGAAGACAGAAGGCCAUCCAGUGCCUUGCAUCUGUCUGACGUGAGCUCACAGGACAAAAUUCUGGCCUCAGGCUCUAUGUCCACAGGUCACCUGAGGACUGCAGGUGCCCCAGGCCACCAGAAAGUUGAAGAGGCUGUGGAAGGAGGGAUGGGGAGCAUCUUAGAAGCCCUCUGCUUGCAUCCUAAUCCGUGGGAUUUGGAAAAUCCAGCUUCUCUACCUUCUCCUGAUGGUGAAAGUGUGUCCUACAGUGAAGGAUCCUGUGACUUUUUCCCACGCAGUGCAAGGCCUGGUGACAGUUACCCCAUGAUCUGCCUAGAUUUGGACACUAUUGACAGCGGCUUUGUGGACUCGGACUGCGGGAGUCCAGUUGACUGUGACUUUGAGCAAAAUAGCCAGACCAACUGUGGGUCCGUUUCUCUUGAGCAGGAGGGAGAGGACUUUCCGCGGAGCUAUGUCAAGCAGUGGAUCUCCUGCCAUGCUGACAGCCCUGCCAGCGGGACUCAGACAAACUGAGGAGUUGAUUUUGUUCUGCAGAGUAGAGGGCCUUUCCCAUCCUGUGCCAGAAGCAAAGUGUUGCCCAAAUUCAGAAGGAAAAGCAGAGUUUACUCUGUGUAAGCUGUACUACAUACAAUGGAGAACAGUUACAUCCAUAGAGAUAUAGGUCUAUUUCUACUGCCACUCAUUCUGUCCACAUUGUAUCAAACCCGGCAUGAUUAAUUUUCUUUCAGCAUUCUUUGUCAAACCCUUAUAUAAUGACUACAGACUUUAAUUUUUCACAACAAGAAAAAACAACUGUACCUUUAAAAUCACUCUUUAGCUUACAUAGAUUUGAUUUGUUUUUAUUUUUUAUUUUUUAAAGUAAGCUUGUAAAUAGUAGAGAACUUUAAAGGGUUUUUCCCUGGCAUUCUCUUAUGACUGGAGUUGGAUGUACAUGGAAUCUUCUAAGCGUAUCUAAUGGCAAGCAUGUUUGUUACAUUAAAGUUCCCUUACCCUAUUCUAACAACAGGUGUUACUUUUCCAACCACUCCCCUCUGUACAUGCAGCUGUAAAGUUUGUAUUAAGUAUUAAUUACAUCCAUUCCCCGUCCAUGGGGUAUAAUCAAAAACAUUUCUCAUCAUCAGGGAAUGGCGUAUCCAAGAGACAAAUCAUACCUCAGGUUUUAGAGGAGGCUUGCCUUUGCAGAUAGAGUCUAUAAAUUAAAAAUCUUCAAAACGUAAUUCUAGAGAAACUCCUUCUGCUUGGGCUUCCUACUGAUCCUGCACCUCUCCACACGUUUUCCAAGCAUAUUAACUAUAGUGCUGAGUAGCUAUUAGAAUUAUGCAGAAAUUUCAGGAAUGUUGUACCACCUGGAUGUGCCUGCAGCUCUGUCUCCUGUCUUGGACUUUGCUGCAGCUCACAGGUCAGCAGCACAGAGCUUCACCAGUCUCUGCUAGCUCAUACAGCCUACAACGAAAGUGGCAUUUACACUGCAUCUGUGAUUGUUUUCUCCACAUAUCUCUGCCUGUUUUGUUUAGGAUAACUGUCUUAAAAAGUUAAUAUGAUACUGAUACUGAAUGUGAACACCUCACAUCUUAUCUAGGCACAGUGCUACUAACCCAAGAAGCACUUGGGUGCUGAUUGUACAGUAAGAGAACCUGUGUCAUUAACAAUCUGUUCCUGUGAUACCAAUAAACACUCUUCCUUCUCCCCAA